UCCCUAUUGCAUAUGUAAGAACCGAGAGUCCAAAUCGAGCCUAUUCAAACUGGGAUUUAAAUCAACAGGAGUGAAGACCUCAAUGGAUUGACUUAUAAAAUCUCGUCAGACGCAUGGACUCCUGACUGUGCUGUAGCGUUCACUUACGUUGGGAAACGGUUUUCCAGGGAAUUGUCGGCCAUAUGCAGUGAUACCACGCCCGGAGCGGAGACUUUAACACGGGGGCGACACCAUUCAUGCAAAUACUCCCAACCACAAGUUCAUGGACAGGAGACUUUAGUACGGUCUAAAGAGGAACUACUGUGUUGUAUUGACUUUCAAUAUUGAACGCCAAACAGGCUAUAAAAACAGUCUGCAAUGGAGUUAUUAAAUCCAAAGGAUCUGUUGCUUUUCUGAGUGAUUUAAAACACAGAUAAACCGCAUCAGGAUUUCAGCCACUGUUACAUUUUGAAUACGGUUUGCUGUAGCAUUUGACUGCCGUUUUCCAUCCGCUGCACAAAUAUUAGGGGUAUAAUUGACUAUUUAUGGUUUGGAUUCUCUCCUCAGCGCGCGGUAGGGAAACUCUUUCUCUGGCUUCAUCUAAACGAUUGCAUUAGAAUCGGGACUGGUGUUCUUCCGAUGGAAUUGCUGAAAAGCUUUUGUAAUUUUGUAAAAUUGUAAAUUGAAUCAUGACACUGGACACCAUCAUGGCGUGCUGCCUCAGCGAGGAGGCGAAAGAAGCGCGACGGAUCAACGACGAGAUCGAGCGGCAGCUCCGCCGCGACAAGAAAGACGCUCGGCGCGAGCUCAAGCUGCUUCUGCUGGGAACUGGAGAGAGUGGGAAAAGCACCUUUAUUAAACAGAUGAGAAUCAUUCAUGGCUCAGGCUAUUCAGAAGAGGACAGAAGAUGCUUUACCAAGCUGGUUUACCAAAACAUCUUUACAUCGUUGCAGGCCAUGAUACGGGCAAUGGAUGCUCUCCAGAUCCACUACAAAUAUGAACAUAAUAAGGCCAAUGCAAACAUUGUCAGAGAAGUAGAUGUAGAGAACGUCUUCUUGUUCGUCAACCCCUAUGUAGAUGCCAUCAGGAGUUUAUGGAAUGACCCAGGAAUUCAGGAGUGUUAUGACCGGAGGAGAGAAUACCAGCUCUCAGAUUCCACAAAAUAUUAUCUAAAUUCUCUGGAUCGCAUUGCCGCCCCUUCCUAUGUUCCCACCCAGCAAGAUGUGCUCAGGGUCAGAGUGCCCACAACAGGGAUCAUUGAAUACCCCUUUGACCUACAUAGUGUCAUAUUCAGGAUGGUAGAUGUAGGGGGGCAGCGGUCAGAAAGGCGGAAGUGGAUCCACUGCUUUGAAAACGUCACCUCCAUCAUGUUCCUGGUAGCACUCAGUGAAUAUGACCAAGUUCUGGUUGAAUCUGACAAUGAGAAUCGAAUGGAGGAAAGCAAAGCAUUGUUUAGGACGAUAAUAACGUACCCCUGGUUCCAGAAUUCAUCAGUUAUUCUUUUUCUGAACAAGAAAGACCUUUUGGAAGAGAAAAUAUUGUUUUCACACCUUGUAGAUUACUUUCCUGAAUAUGAUGGACCCCAGAGAGAUGCUCAAGCCGCACGGGAAUUCAUCCUGAAGAUGUUUGUCGACCUGAAUCCAGACUCCGAAAAAAUCAUUUACUCUCAUUUCACCUGCGCCACUGACACAGAAAACAUCCGAUUCGUGUUCGCUGCUGUCAAGGACACCAUCUUGCAGCUCACACUGAAGGAAUACAAUCUAGUCUAAACAACGGCCGGUUAUGGUUUUGUCAUUGUCUUGCCCAGUUAAAAGACUCGUCAGUUUGCAGCUAAAGUCUGCCGUAAUGCUGUGAUCCACUAAAGUCUGCUUUAACUGUUCGAGCAGUCCGCUGAUUCUGCUCGGACACACAAGCUGCUCACUGCUUCGUCAUUAUUUAUUUGCACCUCGGAUCUACUUCGCAGGGUUCAACUUGAAUGUUAUUAUUCCAUUUUAAUGAAAUACGUUAUGUUAUUGAACUUUUUAUUAAGGUUUAUUUUGUAGCAGGUUCUUAAAGUUGUAUUCAUUGAACUGUUUGCUAUAAAUGUUAUGUAGAUUUCUCCAACUUGGACAUAUUAAUUAUUCUGUGUGGUGAGGUCUUUAGAAAGCAAUGAAAGUACUUAUAUGGUAUUGUAACAUGCUAUUUUUUUAAGAGUCAGAGCAAGCUUAGUAGAUAAGGGUCUUUUCUCAUUUCCAAGGCACACGUAUUGAUGAAGAAUAGAUAACCGCUAGUUUACAUUAGCAUUUACAUUAAAAGUGCCAAAGUUCUUCAAAUGUGAUUGUUUUAUGUAUUGCCAAACUAACAAUCAUACCACAGGCAAUAAGUGUCCCUUGCCAGUAUCAUUUGUCUCUCUUUGUAUUUUUAAUUUUUUUUCUUGUCAUUGUGUUCUUGAAACAGAUUAUUGUACAUCUGCUGUUCAUGACCUGAUCCAUUAAGACCACCUGUGUUCUGUUACAUCAAGCCUGAAUGCACAUGAUCCCUGUGCAUCCUUAUCUUAAACUACAAAUGUGCCAUUCAGAGAUUUUCUGUAACACUUGCAUACUUUUAGAGUUGUUUUCGUAAUAAAUUACCCAACAGAUGUUCUCAUUGAGGCAAUGAUGCUCUAACUGGUGUUGUACUGAAUUGACAGUGUGGUUAGUGUGGUGUAAUAAAGCUUUGGUCAACAUUUGCAGUUGUUUUUAAAGAUUUGUAAAGAGUUUCAUGUGAUUAGAUGUGUGUCAAACAAAUUAAUGUUUUGUGUUGAGCGAAGAUUAAAGGACCAAAUUUCUGUUGUGAUCCUCAGAAACGUUUUUGGGGGGUGAACAGUGCUGAAUUCAGGGUUAACACUGGAAAUGUGUGGGGGUUUUCUGCUAUUUUAGAGAGCAGUAUAUAAUAUUUGCUGCUUUUUUAGAGAGAAGUGUAUAAUAUGUUAUCCUGGACCACAAAACCAUUCAUAAGUAGCAAUAGCCAACAAUACAUUGUAUGGGUCAAAAUGAU